CGUCGCAGCUUUCUCAGGCGGAGUGAGACCUCCUGCUCCCGGGCGUGUGACAGCUGCUCGCUGCCUUUAACGGAAGACAUUUUGAGCCGCUGCAGUCGUACGGUUCCUUCUCGGAGUGUCAGCCUGAUCUCGGGGGGGCUGACGAGCUGGAGAGUCGGUCUCCAGACUGUUAAAAAAGACGAAAUUUAACUGAAACCCCGUCGAGGUUUUACCGGUGUGUGCGCAGCCCUGCUAGCUAGCUUAGCACCUGUACGAGCCGCAGAAGCUAGCAGUCCUCGAUGCUAGUGAGCUAGCCUGCCCUCCUCCUCUUCCUCCUCCUCCUCCUAUCGCUCCACCACCUCCUCCUCGACAGCCGAUCCCUUCUCGCCGACACAAUGGCUUUAAAACGGAUUAAUAAGGAGCUGCAGGACCUGUCCAAAGACCCUCCGGCUCAGUGCUCCGCCGGACCCGUGGGAGACGACCUGUUUCACUGGCAAGCUACUAUUAUGGGCCCCCCUGACAGUCCCUACCAGGGCGGCGUAUUCUUCCUGACUAUUCAUUUCCCCACAGAUUACCCCUUCAAACCACCCAAGGUCGCCUUCACAACAAGAAUUUAUCACCCAAAUAUUAACAGUAACGGCAGCAUCUGCUUGGAUAUAUUGAGGUCACAGUGGUCUCCAGCGUUAACUAUCUCUAAAGUCCUUUUGUCCAUUUGUUCUCUGUUAUGUGACCCGAAUCCCGACGACCCGCUAGUGCCAGAGAUCGCCCGCAUCUACAAAACAGACCCCACGAAGUAUAACAGGCUAGCCAGGGAGUGGACAGAGAAGUAUGCCAUGCUGUGAGGGGUACAACAGGACAGCUCAGGACUGGACUCAGAAGUACGCCAUGUGAUCCUCGUCCUGCUUCCACUUUGACCUUUGAUUUCUCUCACCCUCCCCUCGUCCCACACACACACACCUGUAACUGCAAUUUGUUCACAUUUGUUUUUGUCCCAUUUGAAGCUUUUAAAUCCACCUCCUCUGCUUUUGUCAAACACGAAAAGAAAAAAAUAAAAUAAGGAGCAGAGGAGCCGAGGACUCGGAGCUGUGAAUGUGCCAACUUAUUAAUAAAAAAUAAAGAAGAGUGGACUGAGACGGAGCGGAUCAAUAAGAAGAAUCAUUAAUGCAUGUCAGUGAUUGGUUCAUGUGCUGCUGAGAAACAAGAAAAAAAAAAAGAUGCGACAGCUUCUUUUGUUCUUCGACGAGAGCCGUUAGUUCAUCCAUCAUCCAACACUGUUCUCCUCUUUUUGCACUGAAAAAGAAACCAAGCUCUCUGCGGCUGAUCGAUCAACUAAUAGCUCUGUGAACCUUUUCUCAAUAAAGAUGAACAAAUUGCA